AUGGCAGUCCAGGCUGGCAGAGUCAAGUCUGUGUUGAGCGGUGACACGAUCAUCCUCACCUCCAUCGUCAACCCAGCGCAAGAAAAGAUCCUGUCUCUGGCCUACAUUACAGCACCGCGCCUGAACAAGACUGGUGAUGAACCAUGGGCAUUCGAAAGCCGCGAUUACCUACGAAAGAGCUUGGUUGGCAAGAACAUCCAAUUCCAGGUUCUCUACGAGAUUCCGACCACAAAGCGACAGUUUGGCGUGGUAUUCCUCGAGGAUGGAGUGAAGUUUCCGCAGGCAGUUGUCCGUGAAGGCUGGGCGAAGAUCAAGGAUGCAGCUGGCCGCAAGGAAGACACAGAAAAAGCUGUCCAACUGCUGAAUGAGCUUAAGCUUCUGGAAAGCCAAGCUCGCGCCGAAGACCUGGGCGUCUGGUCGCCAUCUAGUGGGCACCUCGACGUGCAGCACGACCUGGGCAACUCCGACGAAUUCAUGGCUGAAUACAAGGGUCAGUCAGUGGAUGGAGUUGUCGAGCGCAUUCUCAGCGGCGACCGGAUGCUUGUGCGAUUAAUAAUGCCCAACAAGAAGCACUAUCAACUUAUGACUCUCGUUGCUGGUAUAAGAGCACCAAGCACGGAACGUGUCAACCCGUCAAACCAACAAGUGCAGCCAGCCGAACCCCUAGGAAAUGAAGCCAAGGCAUUUGUCGAGACUAGGUUAUUACAACGCAACGUGAAGGUCGACAUCCUCGGUGUCAGCCCGCAAAACCAACUGAUUGCCACCGUCAGGCACCCCAAAGGCAGCAUCGCGAAUUUCUUGCUUGCUGCUGGCCUUGCCCGUUGCUCGGAUCACCACUCAACCCUCCUGGGUUCAGCAAUGCCGGCACUGAGACAGGCUGAAAAGGAUGCCCAAGUUAAUAAGCGUGGCCUUUACGAGGGUCAUGUGGCCAAGUCGAAAUCUGGCGCAGCUGCACAAGAUGUCAUAGUCACCCGUGUUUUCAGCGCAGAUACCCUGUUUGUACGAAACAAAGCUGGUGUAGAGAAACGUAUCAACAUCUCCAGUGUCAGAGGCCCAAGAACAAACGAGCCUUCUGAAGCCCUAUUCAAAGAUGCCGCCAAAGAAUUUCUGCGCAAGAAGGUCAUCGGGAAGCACGUACGCGUGAGUGUUGAUGGCUCAAGGCCAGCUACGGAUGGGUACGACGCAAAGGAUGUCGCAACUGUCACCCUGAAUGACACGAAUAUUGGCCUCGCUCUCGCCCAGGAAGGAUGGGUUUCUAUUAUCCGCCACAAGAGGGACGACACUGAUCGCGCACCGAACUACGAUGAACUUCUGGCAGCACAAGAGACAGCAAAAGAGGAGAAUAAGGGCAUGUGGUCGCCGAAAGCCCCAGCUAUCAAGACCUAUGUUGAUGCAUCCGAGACCGCUCAGAAGGCAAAGAUGCAGCUUCAGACUCUCCAACGCCAAAAGAAGAUCCCAGCAAUCGUUGACUACGUGAAGAGUGGUUCGCGAUUUACAGUUCUCAUCCCACGCGAAGGCGCAAAGUUGAACUUUGUUCUUGGAGGUAUCAGAGCCCCGAAGUCUGCAAGAAAUCCAAGUGAGCAGAGCGAACCUUUCGGACAGGAGGCACACGACUUUGCGACGAAGCGUUGCAGCCAGCGUGACGUCGAGAUUGAUGUUCACAACAUCGACAAGGUCGGUGGAUUUAUCGGUGAGCUUUUCGUCAACCGUGAGAGCUUCGCGAAGGCUCUCGUUGAGGAGGGAUAUGCUACUGUCCACGAAUAUUCCGCUGAGCAGUCUGGAAACGCCCAGGAGCUCCUCGGCGCCCAAGGUCGUGCCAAGGCGGCGAGAAAGGGCCUGUGGAAGGACUGGGACCCAUCCCAAGACGAGGAGGCGGAGUCGGCUGAAGUCGCCCCUGAGAACGGCACGAACGGCGACUCUGCGCUCGUUGAACGCCAAAAGGACUACCGCGACGUGAUUAUCACUAACAUCGACGACGAGGGCAAGCUCAAGCUCCAAAUCAUCGGCACCGGCACCUCGAGCCUCGACACCAUGAUGUCGCAAUUCCGCACGUUCCACCUCAACCCUACCAACAACGCCGGGCUCCCCGCCGACCCCAAAGCCGGGGACUUCGUCUCCGCCAAGUUCAGCGAGGACGGGCAAUGGUACCGCGCGCGCAUCCGCGCCAACGACCGCCCCGCCAAGGUGGCCGAGGUGCAGUACAUCGAUUUCGGCAACAAGGAGAAGAUCCCCUGGGCCCAGCUGCGCCCGCUGCAGCCGCAGUUCUCGAUCCAGAAGCUGAAGGCGCAGGCGCAGGACGCGGUGCUCUCGCUCCUCCAGCUGCCGGUUAGCAAGGAGUACCUCGACGACGCGAUCGCGUACAUCACGGAGCUGACGGCGAACAAGGAGCUCGUUGCAAAUGUGGAUUACACGGACAAGGACGGGACGCUCUACGUCACGCUCUUUGAUCCCAAAACGAGCGAUAAGCUGACUGAGAGCAUCAACUCUGAGGUCGUGGCUGAGGGCCUCGCGAUGGUGCCGCGGAAGCUGAAGCCGUGGGAGCGCAGCUUUGGGGAUGUCCUGAAGGCGCUGAAGAAGAUGGAGACUGUUGCGAAGGAGGAUGAGCGCAGGGGCAUGUGGGAGUAUGGCGAUCUGACUGAGGAUUAG